AUGUCGGCCAAGAUCCAAAAGACGCUUGCGCGACAGCAAGAGAAGGUCAAAGAAGGCCAAUUCUACGAAGCUCACCAACAGCUGCGCGUCAUCGCAUCUCGCUACACAAAGUCGAGCGACUGGACCUCUGCAAUCGAUUUGCUCGCCUCGGGAGCUUCCAUGCUCCUCAAGGCUGGACAAGGAGCAUCCGGAGGUGACUUGUGCAUGUUCCUCAUGGACGUCUACGGCAAGGCCGAAUUGAAGCCCGACACGACAAACAAGGCACGCCUACUCAGCCUGCUGCGCGAAUUUCCUGAAGGAGAGCCUACAAGGAAGAGAUUUGCUGGAGAAAUUAUUGGGUGGUCGUCAAAGUUUGGUGAAUAUCCUGCUGGAGAUCCUGAACUCCACCACGUUAUUGGAACACUCUAUGCUGAAGAAGAUGGCGAGGCUGUUGAAGCAGAGAAACACCUCACUCUCGGAACCUCAGACUCACCAGCAACUUUCGCAUCACUCGAAUACGAAUGGUACGCAUCAGACGAGCCUUCGACUGCUCCUCUCUAUGCCGCACGUGUCGUGUUCCCCUACCUGCUAGUUGGCAACCUCCGUGCCGCAAACAAGGCCUUCUUGCUCUUCACAUCCAAAUUAUCGUCAUCGAAUCCUGGACUUGGUGUGCAAGAAGUUGGAUCAGCCUCAUCCGAUCUGCGCGUUUAUCCUAGCCUUCCAUUGCUCAAUUUCCUUGGCCUUCUCUUGCUGGCUAUCGAGAAAGGAUCUGCCGAUGUUUUCAAACAACUCAAAAGCCACUACGCAUCGUACAUCAAAGACGCUGGAAAUUGGAAUGAAGCACUUGCUCAGGUUGGAGAAAUGUAUUUCGGCAUCAAGAUUCCUAGCCAGAGCAACCCACUAUUUGAUAUGAUGAGUUCGUUCAUGGGAGGAGGCGGCUCAGGAAGUCAGAAAUCGGCUCCCAGAAGAGUAGAAGCACCAGCACCUGCUCCUACAUUGGAUUAA